AUGUCCAGUGAAAGCCAUGCAGAAAGCCAUGCAUUUGGAGUUGAUAUGGAUCAAGUAUUGAACAUGAUGAUUAAGAGCGUGUACUCGUCUGACGAGAUGUUCCUGAGGGAGCUGGUGUCGAAUGCAAGCGAUGCGUGUGACAAGCUGCGAACGUUGUAUAUGCAGCUGAGUUCUGAGAAGUUUGCUCUUGACCCUGUGGCUUCAUUAUCUAUUCAGAUUAUUCCUGACAAGGAAGCUAAGACACUGACGAUUAAGGACAAUGGAAUAGGAAUGACUAGAGAGGACUUGAAUAAUUACUUGGGAGUGAUUGCAAAGAGUGGAACCAAGGAAUUCACGGAGGCGUUGAAGGCACGACAAGAGGGAGCGAAUGCGCACCUGAUUGGACAGUUUGGAAUAGGAUUCUAUUCCGCAUACCUUGUGUCAUCGAAGGUUGAAGUGAUAACGAAGAAUCCAAAGGGUGAGGCGUUGAAAUGGACGUCGACUGGAAAGGAUGGAUACACAAUAGAAGAGUAUAAAGGCGAGGAAUUUGCACAUGGAACGUCACUGAUACUGCACAUCAAGGAUAAGAGUGUGGAAUUCCUUGAGUCCAACAGGAUUAUUGAGACGGUAAAGAAAUACAGCUCGUUCAACCUGUAUCCUAUAUGCACACCUGUUGAGAAGGAGGUUGAUGUCGAGGAAGAGAAGGAUGAAAGCAAAGUUGAAGAAAGCAGUGAACCAAAAGUAGAAGAGGUGAGUGAGAAGAAAAAGCGAACUGUGACGGUGAUGGAGAGAAUUAAUGUUGAGAAGCCUCUAUGGGAGAGGAAUAUCAAAGAGGUUCCUGAGGAAGAGAUGAAGAGCUUCUACAAGACAAUUUCUGGAGAUUGGGAUGAUUUUCUUGCAAUGGACUUCUGGCAGAUUGAGGGGAUAGUGACUGUGAAGCUGUUGAUGUUUAUUCCUAAGAGGGCAAGGUUUGACAUGUUCAAUAGGAACAAGAAGAACAACAAUAUCAAGAUGUACUGUAAUAAUGUGUUUGUGACUGAUGAGCUUGGGGAUGCGAUUCCUGAGUGGAUGGGGUUUGUAAGCGGAGCAAUAAUAUCUGACGAUCUUCCGAUGAACAUUAGCAGGGAGCUUAUACAGGGCACGAGCGUGAUGAAGAUGGUGAAGAAGACGCUUCCGCAGAAGAUCCUUGAAAUGAUUGGGAAGCUAUCGAACGACAUGGAUAAGUACAAGACGUUCUACAAAGAGUUUGGAAACAGUUUGAAGAUGGCGGUUGGAGAGGCUAACGACUCGCAAAGAGAUGAUUAUGCAAAGUGCCUGAUAUACUACACAACAAAGAGUGGGGACGAGAUGGUGACGCUUGAUAAGUAUGUUGAAAGGAUGCAUGCGAAUCAGAAGCAGAUAUAUGUGCUGACUGGGAUAGGAAAGGAGCAGGUGAAGUCUAAUCCAGUGUUGAGGUCUUUUGAGAAGUACGAGGUGGUUUACAUGUAUGAUGUGAUGGACGAGGUGAUGCUGCGUGGGUUCAAGAAGUAUAAGGGACAUUCAGUACAGAGGAUCACAAGUGAGGGAGUUGAGCUGCCUGAGGAAGACAAUGUGCCUGAGGAGGUUGUGAAGUCUCACGAGGAGUUCUGCAAGAAAGUGAAGGAUAUACUGUCUGACAAGGUUGAGAAGGUGUCAGUGAACACAAGGAUUGGAGCUGAUAUACCAAUAGUUAUUUCUACGACUAAAUACUCUCUAUCUGGAGCGAUGGAGAACAUAAUGAGAUCGCAGCCUGUUACAGAGGCGAAUCCACUUGCAGCCAUGACGGCGGUAAGCAAGAAGAUAUUUGAGAUGAAUCCGAAUAACGGGCUGAUUAAGAAGAUGAAGGAGCAGUUUGAGAGCAACGAUAUUGAGUCGAUGAGUAAGCUGCUAGAGGUGCUGUUUGACACUGCGCUUAUCCACAAUGGAUACAUGCUGCAGAACCCGAAUGAGUACAGUGCGAAAGUCUAUAGCUUUAUUAAUGAAACAAUGAACCGACAUGAGAAGCGAGAUGAUGCCGAGGUGGUAUAA